UCUGUGCCCACAGGACAGAUGCUGCUGUCUACUCGCACUGAGAGUGAGGAGUGAAGGAGGGAGGGAGGGAGGAUUGACUUUUACCUGCCAGAGACGCCACACUCACCCCUCGCCCCUCGACCCCCCCUAUUCUCUGCUCUCCCAUUCAACCCAGCCUGUGCGGAGCCGCAUGAGAGGACUGUCAGCCAGCACAGACGAAGCACCGGGAUCAGAAAGCUGGCACAGCAAAUUGUGCCUCCAGCUCUGCAACUUGCUCUGCCGCCCUUCUAUUACUCUCCCUCAUACGUGCACACAAGAAAUGCUCUCGCAGCCGCACACUGAGGGAACUUUCUAUCUCGUGUGCACGCUGACAAGCGAGCAAGCAGGCGGGCAGGAAGGCACACCCCCCCUCCCAUUAUCUGUGCGGCGGGCAGAUCUGCUCGUAUUGGUGUAAGCAGCACGGGGCUGUGUUCUGCUCCUCAGCAGCAGCAGCAGCAGCAGCAGCAUCACUAACAGCAGCAGCAGCAGCAGCAGGACAAGUCCAGAGCAGAGCAGUCAUCACCAGAGAUCACACACCAGCCUCCACAGCGGAGGUGUGUGCCAGUGGGACAGCCAUGGAGGACACCAUCACCUGCAGCCACGCCACCUUCUCCCAGGUGUUUGGACGCCAGGGGCAGCUCAUGCAAUCCACGGUGCAGUCUCUGAACAGCCUGAACGACCAGAUUGCUCAGUUCAUGAUGACCAGACCCUGCAGCCUGGCGGACGAGGAUGUGGCCUUCAUCCAGGGAGAGAGGGACACCCUGAGGAAGUCCAUGACUCUGAUGAGACACCUGCUCAUGGAUGCUCAGGGGAAAAUCCUUAAAAUGAUGGAAGACAACAAACAGCUGGCACAGAGGAUUGAUGGGGCCAUCCAGUCUGCCAGUCAGGAAGUGACCAACCUCCGCUCCGAGCUCUCGGCCACCAGCCGCAGACUGGCAGAGCUGGGUGCCAGCAGCCCCCCUGCUCUGGAGAACCACCACCAGCACAACCACCACGAUGACAGCCUCCAUUACCGUGAUCCAUCAGUGCAUCACAGACAGAAGACGGUGGUGACAGACAUGUGCUACCCGACAGAGAUAUCCAGCCUGAUGGACUUUGGCACUGCAGACUGCUCGCUAGGCAAAGUGUUGUUGCGCGAGGAGGUAGCGCAGCUUCAAGAGGAGGUCCACCUGCUCAGGCAAAUGAAGGACAUGUUGAGUAAGGACCUGGAGGACACGCAGGGCGGCUGCUCCUCUAAUCUGCUCUCAGCCACCGAGCUCCGCGUGCAGCUGGGCGACAAGGAGCAGGAGCUGGACCGUGCCAAAGAGGCCUUACAAGCUAUGAAAGCUGACCGGAAGCGUCUAAAAGGGGAGAAGGCCGACUUGGUGAGUCAGAUGCAGCAGCUGUACACAACACUGGAGAGCAGAGAGGAGCAGCUACGAGAAUUCAUUCGCAACUACGACCAGCACCGAAAGGAGAGCGAGGAUGCAGUGAAGGUCCUGGCGAAGGAGAAAGACAUGCUGGAGAGGGAGAAGUGGGACCUGAGGAGACAGACUAAGGAGGCCACGGAGCAGGCCAACAUCCUGCGCUCUCAGAUGGACAUGAAGGAGAACAGGAUCAAAGAGCUGGAGGCCGAGCUCACCAUGGCGAAGCAGUCCCUGGCCACCCUGACAAAAGACGUACCGAAGCGGCAUUCGUUGGCCAUGCCGACGGAGCCCGUGGUGAACGGCAGUCAGGAGUGGGUAAUGCAGGCCGACCUGCCUCUCACCGCCGCCAUCCGACAGAGCCAACAGACGCUCUACCACGGCCACACCACAGACAGACAGGCUGUGGUCAGAAUCAGCCCCUGUCACUCUCGCCAGCCCUCGGUCAUCUCUGACGCCUCGGCAGCCGACGGGGACCGCUCGUCCACGCCCAGCGACAUCAACUCACCUCGUCACCGGACCCACUCCCUCUGCAAUUCCAUGGAGGACCUGGAGGACCAGAAGCGUAAGAAGAAGAAGGAGAAGAUGACUCUGGGAUCUCUGUCGCGCGUGUUCGCUCGGGGCAAGCAGCGCAAGUCACUGGACCCCGGCCUGUUUGAUGACUCUGACAGCCUCACACAGCAGAGCCUGUCCGACGGCGAGGAGCAGCUCGACCGCCUCCAGCAGGCGGAGCUCACACGCACCACAUGCAUGUCGCUGUGGAGGGCAGGUGCAGUCCAGGCCUGGAUGGAGGUUGUCAUGGGGAUGCCCAUGUACAUCCGAUCCUGCUCUGAAAAUAUCAAGAGUGGCAAGGUGCUGCUGGGAUUGACAGAUGAGGAUUUAGAGCUGGGUCUGGGAGUCAGUAACCUCAUUCAUCGCAGGAAGCUGAGACUGGCCAUCGAGGAUUACAGAAGAGCGGAGGGGGAUCAGGGACUGUCAAAAGCCUCUGAGAUGGAUCAUUACUGGGUGUCCACCUCAUGGCUGAGUGAUGUGGGCCUGCCUCAAUACUCUCAGACCUUCCAGAGUAACUUAGUGGACGGACGAGUGCUGAACUCUCUGAGCCGCAGGGACCUGGAGAGGUUCCUCAACAUCGGGGACCAGUUCCACCAGACAAGUCUCCUGCUGGCGAUCCAGCUGCUGCAGAUUCUCAGCUUUGAUAAAGAGGCCCUGCAGGCACGACGGGCAAAAUGUGAGCACCAGGACCGUGAUCCCAUUGUUUGGACAUGUCACAGAGUAAUGAAGUGGAUCAGAGACAUAGACCUCAAGGAGUUUGCAGACAAUCUUCAGGGUAAAGGGAUUAACGGAGCUGUGUUGGUUCUGGAUCCCUCCUUCGACACUGACGCCAUGGCCAAAGUCCUGUGUAUCCCCGGCAACAAGCACAUGCUGCACCGGCACCUGUAUGAAGAGAUGAAAUCCCUUGCUGUUCAUCACAGCAAUUCAGAUCAGGCCAAUGAAGUUAUCGGUUCUUCUUCACCUGUGGCUGUUAACCGCUUCACUGAGGAGAGGGUCUCCAUGAGAAGAACUGGAAAGAGUCCGCUGAGGUUACGUGCAAACAACCACUCUGUGGAGCGGAGCCUGGGCUUCCACGGCAGCUGUGGGUCUCUGCCCAGAGAGGCCAGGGUGCAGGCUGUUCCUCGGGCCAGAGGCAGCCCCAUGCACACCUACAAGGGCGUGGAAAUCACAAACGUCUGACUCCCGCGGCGGAAAAAUGCUCAUCAUUGUUUACAUUGUUGUCGUGUUAUGCUCGUUUACUACUGAGAGAAACCUACGCUCAGCACUUCAGAGGCAGCUGUCGUGAAGCGUAUUACCACAUCAUUUAAUUAUUCAAUUAAUUUUGGCCUGCAUAGGAAUCACACAUUCCCCCGAACAGAAACACACAUUUUUGACCUAAUGUUGUUGUAAAUAUAAAUGAGAGGAAUCACUUUGGGAACAUAAAGUUUUGCUUUCAACUGAAUAUCCAAAUGACUUUCAUAUUAUGACUAUAGAAAAAAACAGUAAUGUUGAAAAUAACUAUAUAACUGUUCAGUGUUUUUCUCCUUUGAUGCCUUACAUGAAAUAGGUCUCAUAUUUAUAUUAUCUUCACGGAACUUCUGUGGUCUCAAUCAACUAUUUUCAACAGCUCAGCCCUUUUUUGUUCACAUAUUAAAUGAAGAAUUAUGCCUUAGGUAGAGAAGCAGACAUAAUAUUUCACAGCAGAGAUACUGUACAUAUCCCCGUUUAUCUUCCGAGGACUGUGUCAUGUCAGCAGCUCUCUGCGUAUACGAGGGAGAUGCAAGUUCGUCAUCACAAUUAUUAUGAAAUAUUAUAAAAUAAAAAUGAUUAUUAAAUAGUACCAUUAUUGUUAGUACUAUAACAGAUAGAUCUACAUAUUUUAAAACCACAAUAAGAUAUUUUGAUUGCAGACAUUGAUUUGUCAUCAAUACUAUCAAGACGUAAACUUUUUAUGAAACAGCAGAUUCUAGCACACGAGACAAUCUUUUAAGUUCAAACUGUACUUUUAAAAUCUCUCUUCUCACAUUGUUACAUUCAAUUAAUUAAUGAACUGUGAGGAAGAUGUUUUGGUUGUUACUGGAAUAUAAAUUACUAACAAGACUCAUCCAUGGUGAUAUGUAGAAAACGAUCCUGUUGAAUGUUGGGUUUUGAAAGUGUGUAAACUACAGAGAGAGACUGUGUUUAUACUGUGUAAGCACUGAAGAAAAGGAUAGUGCUGUUAUAUCUUAAAUGGGAGAAUUGAAUCUUUUGUACAGUUUGAUCAUGUUUUAUAAAACAAAGUUGUGUUAACUUUGCUGUUCCUGUGCAUGAGAACACAAAUAUGAAAUGUCACACUGUGUGCAGCUAAAUCCCUGAGGCCAAUCCAGGUUGUGUCUAACAGGUUUUUCUACAACUUUUUGGGCGUUUACGACGUUCACCAACAGCAGGGCUGCUAAAGCGGGAAGAUCAGACCAGUUCAAACCUGUAGACAGAGAGAAGGAACUCUCGUGAUGUUCACUGUGAACUGGGGUUAGUAUGACGCGCACUGUUUCUCCUCCUGCCACAGCUUUUUUUUACAUAUACACCAACAAUACAGGUGGAAUUAUUGUCGACUGUCAUAUUGUACAGUGUUUACCUGCUCAUCAUUUUCAAAACAGCUACAGUAAAAUCUGUGUUAACACAAUAAAAACUUUAUCUGCUGAGACUUAA